CAAAAAGCCAUCACAAAUCACGUAUCGGACGUUGACGACACUUCAAUACGAUCAUUAAGCUCAGAAGAUGUGUCUCAAGUAGUACCGAGAGGUUAUUGCUGUGCAAAAUCCAUUAAUCCAGCGGACGGAAGAGGCAGGAAACUGCACCUUUUGCAAAUGCUGGUACUACCUUUUAUACCGAUUCUAGCUUUGAUUGUGCAAACAUCUUUGAUGCUCAGGAACAUUAUGAUUUUGAAGCACGACAGCAUUGAAAUCGAGAAUCAGGUUACAGCAGCUACAGAAUUAGGUAAAGUAGUAACCAGAAUGCAACUGGAACGAUCAGAAGUAGCUUUCUAUUUAUACACUGGUGGAAAUAAAGAAUUCAGGACAGACAAUCGUACAGAUCUAAAAGCGAGAUUCAAUUUGACCAACGAGGCUUUGGGAAAUAUGAGUUUUUGGCCCCCGCUAGCUUUGCAAUUAGAUGGUAGUCGUACUGUGUACUUGGACAAAGCCACCUUUAUCAGUAAUCUUACCAAGUUUAGGAAAACUGUUGAAGAAUCGGAAGAGACUACUAUAACAGAUGUGCUGACUUGGUAUACUUCGGUUAAUGCUGCCAUGCUGGAACAUUUGACUCAGCAGAUUAAGGAGACUGAUACUAGUGGGGUGUGGAGCAUUGAAAGUACUGGAAUAGCCAGCGUCUACGGUGUCAAUUACUUUGGCAAAGGAAGUCUAGAAAAAAAGAACCACAUAAGUUACAUCCAACACGAUUCCAUUGCCAAAGACCUACUCAACACCUCAUUAAACUAUGUUGCCAAAUUGAAGCAAGAAUAUAGAAACUUGUCGUUAACUAUGGAUAAUUAUGGAAACAUUAAACAAAAGAAUGACGUUAUUAUUAAAAACGAAAAAAGGGCCCCCAAUUAUCCUGAGGCAUUAAAUUAUUUUGUUUCAAUUGCCCUUUACACUGAUGAAUUAAGGAAACUUCAAAGAUCUUUGAGAGUGACUAUUGGAGAAUAUGUGAGUGAAAAUUUACAAGAUGCAGCUAAUCAAGAAGCAUUAGGAAUUACAAUUUUAGUUGUAGUGCUGGCAGUAUCGCCUGUUAUCAUUUGGCUAGUGCAUAAUGCUGUUGCUACAAUACAACUUUAUGCAGCAAACUUAUCUAAAAAGGCCAACGAAUUGAAACGAGAAAAGAAAAAGAGUGACUUACUUUUGUUUCAAAUGCUACCUCCUAGUGUUGCCACACAACUUAAACAAACACGACAAGUGGUAACAUUUCUAAACAAAAUCUACAAACAAUUUGAUGCAAGAAUCGAGUGCUACGACGUUUAUAAAGUGGAAACUAUUGGGGAUUCUUAUAUGGUAGCGUCAGGACUUCCAGUCAAAAAUGGUAAUAAGCAUGUGUCUGAAAUAGCCAGUAUGGCUUUGGACCUUUUGGCCGGCUCGAAACAUUUCAAAAUUCCUCAUAGGAAAUCGGAAAAGCUACAAAUAAGGUAA